CUCUCCUCCUCUUCCUCCCCUCUCUCUUCCUCUCCCUGAAUUUUCUCCUCUCCUCUCAGGUCAGUCCAUGGUAUUCCGCUCCCCCCUAGACCUCUAUUCCUCCCACUUCUUGUUGCCAAACUUCGCCGAUUCUCACCACCGCUCCCUACUUCUGGCGAGCGACAUCGAGCGGCUGGGCCGCUUCCUCUGGUCGCUGCCGGUGGCCCCCGGGGCGUGCGAGGCCAUCAACAAACACGAGUCGAUCCUGCGAGCGCGCGCCGUGGUCGCCUUCCACACGGGCAACUUCCGCGACCUCUACCACAUCCUGGAGAACCACAAGUUCACCAAGGAGUCUCACGGCAAGCUGCAGGCCAUGUGGCUUGAGGCGCACUACCAGGAGGCCGAGAAGCUGCGCGGCCGCCCACUCGGCCCGGUGGACAAGUACCGGGUGCGCAAGAAGUUCCCGCUGCCGCGCACCAUCUGGGACGGCGAGCAGAAGACGCAUUGCUUCAAGGAGCGGACUCGGAGUCUGCUGCGGGAGUGGUACCUGCAGGACCCCUACCCCAACCCCAGCAAGAAACGCGAACUGGCGCAGGCCACCGGCCUCACUCCCACACAAGUAGGCAACUGGUUUAAGAACCGGCGGCAGCGCGACCGCGCCGCGGCGGCCAAGAACAGCCCGACCACCAGCGUGUCCAGCCUGACGGAGCGCGCGGACACCGGCACCUCCAUCCUCUCGGUAACCUCCAGCGACUCGGAAUGUGAUGUAUGAUAGCCAAGGCCGCCCUCCUCCCCUCUUUCCCCUCCUCCCUCCCCUCCUCCUCUUCCUCCUCCUUCUCCAUCCCCAGAAUGAACCGAAAUCAGGAUACACAACCAUACACACACAUACGUCCACACACUCCCACCCCGGUCAAAAAAUAUAUAUAAAACCCAAGAAAAAUAACAAAUUAUCCGCAAACCAUCUACAACCCCCAACCACCAUCUACCACCUCGGCCACCCCAAAGGACCGCGACGCCAACAGACAGUCACAAACGCUGAUGUUGCGGGCAAAAAAAAAAGCAUAAGAAGUGACAAUUGUAUACUUUCUAGGACAAGCACGGCUUCUCCUUUCUGUUCCCACGGACCUGGCACCCCACCUGCAUGACGAUUUAUUUGUAUCUGGGAAAAUAUUCUCUCUAGUCUAAAAUGGUUUAAAGAGUCAACUAUACAAAAACCAACCGCCACCACGACGACAAGACGACAAAAGCAAAACAGACAAAAGAAAAAAAAAA